GGCUGAAAGGACUCGCGUAGCCGGCCUGGUCGGCCCGUGAAGCGCCCGCUGGCCGGCCCGGCCCCCACACCCCGCUCCGAGCAGUUCAAAGAGAGCUGCUCCUGACUCUCGUUGCCCGCCCUUCCCGAUUCGCUUUCCUUCUUUUUCCCCGAAGGUGGGCCCUUAGGUCCAUCGCCGCAGAGCCUGCGACCGCUGGGAAGCCCAAAUCCGAGUGUCCGGAGAGUAACCGGAAGUGCUGUCCCAGGCCGAGGGGCGGCGCCCGCGGCUGCCGGGGAGAGGGGAGAAUUGAGUGUUGUCAAUAAUUAUGGACUAGAGAGCUACUGGAGCCAAAAGGAACACAGUCUUGAGACUUUAUUGUUAUGAAUGUUAUCUCCCUUGAGAAAUUAAAUUCUCAGGACCAGGAAGUAAAUGCUGCUUAUAUUCCAUCUCGACUGUAGGGCUGGAAAUACCAAACAAGGAAUUAGUGUGUAUGAUGGUGAAACCUUGUAAAGACAAACUGCUUGUGACUGAAGGGCCUAAAACAGAUGUGUCUCUCAAGAUCUGAUCAAGGAAAUGACUGUGAAGAAGAUGAUGGUCAAGAGGACCCGUGGAAAGCCUCCUAGGACAGAGCCAUAGAAAAUGUACACUUCAGAAAGGAGGUACAAUCAGAGAACUCAGAAAAGGAAGCUCUAUCAUGUAUGCCCUCAGAAGGCUAAAAAGAUUUUUAUUCACGUGCGUGAGAUCGCUCGAAUAGAUGAUCAGCUAUACCAGUGCCUUGACCGUGAACAAAACUUGCGUGAAAACUUAGCUCUUAUUAUGUGUGAGCGAACCCAUACGGGAGAGAAACCUUAUAGAUGUGAUAUGUGUGAGAAAACCUUCAUCCAAAGCUCAGAUCUGAUUUCACACCAGAGGAUUCACAACUUUGAGAAACCUUAUAAAUGUAGCAAAUGCGAGAAGAGCUUUUGGCACCACUUGGCCCUUUCAGGACACCAGAGAACUCACGCAGGUAAAAAGUUCUACACGUGUGACAUUUGUGGCAAGAACUUUGGCCAGAGCUCUGAUCUGCUUGUCCACCAGCGAAGCCAUACGGGCGAGAAGCCGUACCUGUGUAGUGAGUGUGAUAAAUGCUUCAGUCGAAGCACAAACCUCAUAAGGCACCGAAGAACUCACACGGGCGAGAAACCGUUUAAGUGUCUAGAGUGUGAAAAAGCUUUUAGUGGGAAAUCAGAUCUGAUCAGCCACCAGAGAACUCACACCGGUGAGAGACCCUACAAAUGUAACAAGUGUGAGAAAAGUUACCGACACCGUUCAGCCUUCAUUGUUCAUAAGAGAGUUCAUACUGGGGAGAAGCCCUACAAGUGUGGUGCCUGUGAGAAAUGCUUUGGCCAGAAAUCGGACCUCAUUGUACACCAGAGAGUCCACACGGGUGAGAAGCCGUAUAAAUGCUUGGAAUGCAUGAGAAGUUUUACUCGGAGUGCUAAUCUAAUCAGGCACCAAGCAACUCACACUCACACUUUUAAAUGCCUUGAAUAUGAGAAAAGUUUCAGCUGUAGCUCAGAUCUUAUUGUGCAUCAGAGAAUCCACAUGGACGAGAAACCACAUCAGUGGUCUACAUGUGAGAACGGCUUCCUCCUAGGCAUGGACUUUGUGGCCCAACAGAAAAUGAGAACUCAGACAGAGGAGCUGCAUUAUAAAUACAGUGUGUGUGAUAAAAACUUCCACCAGAGCUCAGCCCUUCUUCAACAUCAGACAAUCCACCUCGGUGAAAAACCAUACAUCUGCAAUGUGGGUGAGAGAGGUCUCGAACUCAGCCCUCCCCAUGCAUCAGAGGCCUCACGAUUGUCUUGACCAGAUAAGACAUUAAAAUGCCAUUAAAAUACAUUUGCAUGUCAAAGAACUCGUUAAGAGGAAGAACUCUAGGCAAAUCUCAGAUUUCCUCAGACUUCAAGAGGGACCAGGGACUCCACAGUCAGAAGUGUGAGCAGUGGUUUGCCCUGCGAGCCGCCUGACCAACACCUUACCAGUCUCCCCUGUGAGAAACCUUACCAGCCCCUGAGUUUUGGAAAAUCUUUGUAGUCCAAGCUCGAAAAUGAUCACAGGAGGAUUCGUAUGAUAGGAAACCUCACAAAAUGCAGGGAAUGUGAGUGAACUUCCUAGCAGUGCUUACCCCUUCUCAUUCCAAGGGAAUUCACACCUAAGGAUGACUUUUUAAAAUGCUCUUAGUGUCUGCAGGGCUUCAGACAGUAAACAUAUCUCAUGGAACUUCAGAAAACCCACACUGGGGCAGAACCCCAGCAGAAGUGUGGGGGAAAAACUUCCAAAAGAACUGUAACUUCCUUAUCCAUCAGUGAAGCCAUACUGGUGAAAAUCUGUAUAUUUGUCUUGAAUGUGGCAGAGACAUGGAGAACCUUAAGUUUGCAACAGGAAAACCCUGUCUGAGGAAAGACCUUGCAAACUCUCUGAAAGACAAAACUUCUAUCCAUGAUCAGCACUUAUAAUAGCACAGCAGGGAACUCACAUAGGUGAAAAACCCGUUCACACUAAUACCUUGGGUUUGAAAAAAGCCUUGCUUAGAAACUUCUUUUAUUGGGCUCCCACAGAAACUCCUCUGCAGAGAACUUUGCUCUUGUGAGAGACUGAAUUGUGGACUUUGUACAUAUAAUAGGUAUGAGAAGAACUGUUCUCAUAGUUCAUGGACUCACGUGGUAGAGAUGACUUUUAAUGGACUCAGUAUGUCAACAGUUUUUUCCCAUACCCAGAAGCUGGUUCUGGGAGAUGUUCUGGGGCAGGUCACAAUAGGCCUGAUGGGUAACUCAGGUAAAGAUUCUUUUCUUUUAUCUGAACCACUUAAUAAUUGCUUUACUUUUCGCUUUUUAAAAUUUGGAAAUCCAAUAAAGGAAAGGACUGCAACCUUGUGACAGAAGGUGUGGCAUGUGUGACUGGGGGAAAGGAAUGUAUAUUGACUUUGCCUCUGAUUUUGGGUUUUAUUCUUGGCUCAAGUGGGGGCUAGUGUAUUGAAAGUAGCAUGGGAAUUUUCUCUGGUCGUAAAAAGUGCUGAGCAACUUGGGGAGUCGUUACCCUGGAUCCAAACUCUCCCAAGAGUUUCUCUUUGGUAGGCCAGCCUCACCGAGAAACAGAAAUUCAGCUUUUUGCUUAGCGUGAAUGAAGGUGUACCUUCAGAAGUUUCCUUUUCCCUAAACUAUCUCUCAGAGGGCCACUAGGCUUUGAAAUUUCAGCCUCAGAUAGUCAUUUCAGUUCAGAAAUGCAAAUUCCAAAACAGUUAAACGAUGUGACACAUUAUUUUUGUGAAUUUAUCAUGUCUCUUUCAGUGUUAGGCUACCCUCAGGAGCUCCAAGCAAAUGGUUAAAGGGAGACAAAGAUUUAAGGCAGAGCAGCACAGAGUAAAACACUUCUUGGUGUUUCUCAAAGGUUCUUUUUUUAACUAUCCUGAUUCCUAGGCUGGUGUUCUUUUCAUUAUCCUGCAGUGCUUAUAGCAAAUGAAACCCCAUAAUGAUAGGCCUUUCAUUUAUUCAGUUCUGCCAAGGAAAAAGAGAGACGUUUUAUCCCCAGACAUGCAAUCACCACACCAUGAGGUACAUAUUUUGCUUGGAGUGCAGGAUUCUCAAUGCCUGAAGGGGCAGGUAGUUGGCAGACUCAUCAGAGGUUUAAGCAGAAGCACUUAUCUCCUAUUUAACAAGAUAAUUAUGAUUACCAUUAACAUUUCCUGGAAAUGCUAUCAUUAACCCAAUGAUUUAGAACUAGAUACUUGUGAGGGUUUAUUUUUUUCUUCCCUAAGUAUAAAGACACUUCAUAGAAAUACUUAAGAUUCCUGCAUUAUUUGGAACUGUAGAUCAGUGAAUAAAUAUUUUAUUGCCAGUCUGAGCCUUCUGGUUGGUCUCCACAAGCACGUGAGACCUCCCGGGCACUGGCAUUUACACUCAGAGGUGGCGGGCUGCUACCUUGCCUGUGACUCUAAGCUUUGCUCCCAAGUGGCUGCUAUGUCGCCUUCGAGUCAGUGGCUAGAGCUCAUAGUGAUCAUAAGGAGUCUGUUCCAGAGUGUUUUUUUCUUUUAAAAACAGAUCUCGGAAAUGUAUUUGGUCUGUUGUAUUUUUAGUGAUUUUCAUAAAUAGCUCUUAGGUCAUGAAAAGUGGCCCAGUGUGAUACAACAUACAAGACAGCUUUUUUUUGUUUGUUUCUCUUUGGUGAAAAUCAUGCCUUUCACUAGAAUAUGUUUGAGUGUUGUAAUACUUAAAAUAGUAUUGGGUAUAUGGCAUGGUGGUGAUGAAAAUUAGUCCUUAUGGCUACAUGCUAGUCAUUAGAAUUUGGAGUAGGAGGCAGAGUUAUCACUGGCAAGGCAAUGACUUGACUUCUAUCAACUAACCUUACUGGUAAUUGUCUCUAGUUGUUAAAUGGAUUAAGGAUGGACCAUCCCUCAAGCAGAGAACUCUGGGGGUACGAAACAGGUCUUUUAACCUGGUCUUUAAGGACUGUUAACCACGGAGGAAAAGGUGUUGAUGCUUCAUACAUAGCGCAACCUGAGGUUGGGGAGGACCACUGGGGAGCCUGUAACCAAAACUAGAAGGUAACUUCUGGGAUGGAUGGAGGUUCUCUUGAAACAGUGCCAACCUAAAUCUACCUCAGGUAAGUAGUUAGAGUGACUCAAGAUUUCAGACCAAACACUUGUAUUCAAUGUAUCCCUACGCUUUAAUGUUUUUGUUUUCCCUUAAUUCUUAAAUAAACAUUUGU